AUGGAUAAUCAAACCACAGUGCCUUACUUUUUGCUCCUGGAAUUCUCAAAAAGUUGGCAUUUGCAGAUUUUACAUUCCUUUUUAUUCUUUGUGUUAUAUUUGUCAACUAUAACAGCAAAUCUUCUUAUCAUCUCUGCAGUAGCUAUAGAUAAUAGACUGCAUAGCCCCAUGUACUGGUUUUUGAUGAAUUUGGCUGUGCAGGAUCUGGGCUCAGUUUCUGUUAUUGUUCCAAAAUCCAUAGUGAAUUCCCUCAUGGACACUAGACACAUCUCUUACUUAGGAUGUGUGGCCCAAGUCUUUCUCUUUGUUUCAUUUGCAGCUUCUGAUUUCUCCCUCUUGACAGUCAUGGCAUAUGAUCGGUAUGUUGCCAUUUGCAAUCCACUGCACUAUGAGAUGGUGAUGAAUUGGAAAGCCUGCACUGAAAUAAUAAUUUUAGUGUGGAUUAUAAGUCUUCUCUAUGGAACAUUGCAUACCACUGGCACUUUUUCAAACCUUUUUUGUUCUAAUGUUGUCAACCAAUUUUUCUGUGAAAUUCCCCAUUUACUAAAACUAUCAUGCUCUGGUUUCAAUCUAAUUGAGAUUGGAGUUAUUGUGAACCUUAACCUACAACUGAAGAAUAUCACAACUGUUUCAAGAAGUUUCAGAGGAUGUUGUGUUCAUUCUCUUGUUCAUUCUCUGAAGCAAAGUUUGCAAUCAAAUGCAACCAAUUACACCGGCUGA